UUACCCCUACGUGCAAAGUGGGACACGUCAACAAUGGUGGACGACGGGGAAGACACCAGAAUAAAAACGGGACAGAUUGAAAUGGAAGGAGAGAAUGAAGCGUGUUCUAUAUUAAACUGCAUUUUUUGCAAUACAGUUUUGGUCUCACCAGUAACACUGCGAUGUCUUCAUUCCCUUUGUAAACCAUGUUUAAUGAAAUUGUUAGAAGAAAACAGUGUAUCCGAGACUGACAGUUUUUCUCUGAAGUGCAAAUCCUGUAACUAUCUAACACGUCUGGAAUAUAUAUCAAAGACACAGGAUGUAAAAGAAAAAAUAAUUAAAUCCCUUUCACCGCCAAACGCAAUUCUUACUUUGCUAGAUUUCUCCAAACAGUCUCAAAAAUCUGACUGCACACCAUGUAGAAAUCGAGGGAAGACAACUGCCUCGGCAUAUUGGUGCUAUGAUUGCGCUGUUUACAUCUGUGAUGAAUGUUAUGUUUUUCACACUUCUUUACCUAUUCUUGUAAAUCACAAAACCUACAAAAGAGAAGACACAAAUGAGGUUACAACACUGCUUUCCUCGGCGCGAGAUAUGUGCGAGCGUCAUUUUUUACGUUUCACUCGAGUAUGUAAAUUAACAGAAAAAAUAUGCUGUGACACAUGCAUCUCCUGUUACCAUAUGGAUAUAUGUUCUAGCGAACACAAAAAUAUAUCAGAAAUAUCAAGUAAGGUCAAUUCUGAACUACUGGGUCUGAAAAUCUGCAUCAAAUUACUUCUUGAUGAGAUAAAAACCAUCGUCUUGGAUUUAUCGGAGGUGAAAUCUACAAUUGGAAACUUCUUUCAAUCAAAUCUACGCGCCUUACAAACACUAGGAUACACUUUAGAAAAAACAGUUCUGGAGAAAACUGACUUCUUACUGGCAGAAUCUUACAAAAUUGCUUAUUUUAAGCUAAAUGAAAUGGAGUCCAAUUGCAUUUCUCUGCGACGAAAAAAAUGUGUGUUGGAAAAUGCACGAAGUAUGAUAUCAGUAUCUAGGGCCAGCUCAGGAAUCCGUGGGUUCCUUGAGAAAAAGAGAAUAAAGAAUACUUUUUUAGAAGUACGAGCAUUCGUUGAAAAAGUUACAGGAGAGAAAGUUCAACAGAUUACCAUUUUCUUUGAUCCAUCAAUAAUAGGUUUGUUUGAACUGAAAACUUUUGGGAGUUUGAGUCAAAGACAGUCUGAUACUUUACAGAUUACAAAACCUGAAACAGACGACAGACAGGGAAAAUUGAACAGCAUGAAUCGAUGGGCAAGUCAGAUAAAUGUUUGUCAAGGGAAAGAAAAUACAGGGUUGUUAAAGCGAGCAUCUAGCGAAACAAAUCUGCGGACCGAAGCUUCGCCACAUUCAAGUAAGCCAUUCGAAACGAAACCAGUACCUGAACAAUGCGGCUGUUCAUCUAGUGAGAGGGUUAUACAGUUUGGAGGACGAACAUAUAUUCUGUCAAAUUCAAUAAACAUAGAAAAUGGAAAUUCUCACGUAACAGGAUGCGAAUGGAAAUCUGAAGACGAAAUAAUGAUCGUCGACGCUGCAUUAAAAGGGAGACCAGAAGCCCGUAUAUACAAUACGAAGAAUGGUACAGUAAAGCAAAAAAUUCCCUUAAAUCAUAAACCAUAUAAUGUAACUGUCCUGUCCGAAAAUACAUUUGUCAUGACAUUCCCGAAAGAGAAGAAAUUAUUAAUUGGCAGUUUUGAAGAUCUUAGUGCCAAUAAAUUCAUCGACGUUUCAAUCAAUUGCUAUGGUGUAUGCUAUUGCGGAAAAGGGACGACGCUUAUUGCUGGCAAGGAUAGAAUAGUGUUCUGCGACAGUGAUUUUGAUGAAACAAAAACAUUAACUGUUGGCGGAGAUGAUAUCAGAUAUAUUUGUGCGUACAAUAAUAACUUAAUUUUUUACACUGACCUGCAAAACAACAAAGUUUUCAGCGUAAUGGGCAAUGGCGAUAAUCGAUUUACAUAUGAAGACACCGACAAGAAAGGACCGGCAGGACUAAUCCUUGAUGAAGCCAAAAAUUUGUAUGUUUGUGAAAAAGGUUCUGAUAAACUUUUAGUUUUGAGCAAAAGUGGAUCAUGUUUAAAGAAAUAUGAAGUUGGAAAAAAUCCAACUGCAAUAUCGCUUUCCAAAGACAAAUCAAAAAUAUGUAUAGUUAGGGGAGGACGUUACACAAAUAAUGUAGCAGAUAUAUAUGCUUCAAAUUAGAUAAAUUGUAACACAUUCCUUACAACCUUUUGAUCAACAUAAUCAGAUCUUAGUCUUCUGUAUUUCACCGCAUAGAGAAAUAAUGAUAUUUUAAGCAACACAUAGUAUAACUCCCAGAAUUUGCAAGAUUAUUGUGAAAUAUUUGUCAAUGGAUUUU